AUGGUCUAUCACGGGCCUAGUGCUGGCUGCAAGGCGUGUAGAACUCGUCGGGUCAAGAUUUGUCCCGGUUAUGCUGAUGUUUUCGACGGGGCACAUAGGAAUCAAAAUAAGGUUGUCAUACGAAGAGUGGAAAAGCAGAAUGCCGCAAAGGAGACAGAUUCCUGCGCCAGCACUCCCAGCAGGGAUGGUUCGCCAGACUUUACUGCAACUACGCUGUCAACAACGAGACUCCAGGGCCCGCUUCAAUGGGUCAUAUAUUCAGCGGCAACAGAAGAGAGCCUGGAAGACCAGGACGAUCGUCAGCAGCCAGAGGAGGUGCCUCCCUCCGAAAUUGGCGAUUCCGGACCCGGCAACACUCAUCUCACAAUCGCCGAUUCAAUCAAGCCGGACCCUCAGACUGCCUCCAUCAAUUUCUUCUUUCGCUACUACACAGGGACCAUCUACGACCCUCAACUUCACAACUCUCUUGCACUGAUCUGGCAACCGCUGUACCUGAGGUCUCCCGAGAACUCACCGUUGAGGCUUGCUACGGCAGCAGUGACGGUCAAUGUUGCGAUGAUGUGGAACUUCAGAGGUUGCGACGCACGGCCAGCACGACAACUUUUCACCAAAGCGCUAGAAGCAACGAGAAAGGCCAUCGGUCAUCCGACGCAGAGCAGCAUGGAUGAGCUUCUCAUGACGAUAUUGGUCUUUGACCUCUACGAUGCUUUACUCCUGCACUACGUGCCUGGGCCUUCGACGUACGGUAAACACAACACUGGAGCCCUGGCUUUGCUCAAACACAGAGGCCAUGCCAAUUAUUUGACCAAAGUCAGCCAGGGCCUUACCAAUGCAAGCAGGCACGCUCUUAUCAAUCAUGCAUUAACUCGACGCACGACGAUACCCACAGAAUCAGCACAGCUUUUUGCGCAUCCGUCAAUUACAGACCCCCUUGCCUCACAACUCGAUGUACUAGGGAUGCAGAGUGCCAAUACACAAGCCCGUCUCUGGGCCCUGAGACGACAGAAUAGCUCGACGCAGACUCCUGGACAGCGCCGGAAAGCCUUUGAAGAGAUAAUUGCCGAAGCAAUUCGGAUCGAUGACCUGUUUAUGGAAUGGAAACGAAACAUUCCAAACCCCAACUGGUUGCCGCAAUUCGUGCCCCGCGAGGAUGUCGCCCCCUCUGUCGUCAAAGCAGGCUUCUACGGCAACAGAUGCGCUGUCUGGUCUGAUUUGACUUUCGCACAGGUUUAUAAUCUACAUACAACUCGACGUAUCUAUACGUUGCAAAUGGUCCGGCAAGCCUUGGCCGAUGAACCUGCUCUCCUCACAGAUUCGAGAUACCGCGCCAUCCUUGCAAAGGCAAACUCGACCAUACAGACCUUGAUCGACCUUGUGCUAGAAACGAUUCCCAUUCACAUCGGGGACACGCUUGUGCCAACGAACCCAAUUCAUUGUUCGGAGGUCUCGUAUCCCUGUAAAACCACUCGAGACCCGCUCACUGGCGAAGUCACAAGCGUCCCGGAUCUGGAACACAGUGACUUCCGGAUGAGGGCAGCGGCAGGAGGGGGAUGGAUUAUAUUCCCGCAUUUGCUUGAAGUAUACCGCUUCGCCGACCCCGAGGAUGAUGCCGAACCGGUAAUACUGCGCCCAGGCCAGUUGGAAUGGAUCAGAGCACAGAUGAAACGCUUGCAGACAAUCUUCUUGUUCUGCGAUCCUGUCUGGUGA